AUGGCGUCAAACCCAUCAGCCCUGAGCGCAGAUUCACUCGUCUCGUACAUCUCGCAGUCAAUACCUGCAGACCAAUCAGACAAGCCGUCACUCAAGAAUGUAUACUCAGCUCUUGCCCUUCUCUCACAUGCUUGCAUGCUAGCUGUAGGCUUUCGGUUAGUCGGACUCGGUGAGGAUGACAAGAUUGAAGCACAUUCAGAACCAGCCAACACACAACCGUUACCGACAGAAUGGGACCAGCAUUCGAGUUACGCUUUUCGAUAUACGCACCCACAAUCCUCCAUGGAGUUCCUGCUGAAGGUGACAAGGCUGGGCGGGAAGGCCAUAAUACUCGGGGUCGGCUUGGGUGACGAUAAGACUGCACAGCUGGAGAUCAAAGCACAAGACUAUACCUCCGAAAACUCGUUGAAGGAUGUCAAGAAGGAUGAGAGAGACAGUAUAAAGAAUGCCUUUAUUUCAUCUGGACGGAUAGAAGACCUUAGCUCGCUUCUCAGACUCAACAUCAUUCAGAAGCUGAUUCCGGGCUUGAGGAAGGAAGGAUACGAAGAGUCGACGAACACAGCUGAAAGGGAAGCAGCUUCUUCAGCCACGCGCCAGCCUCUACGACCUGAGGAGGAUAGACGACCUGACCGAGACCCUCUGCGCGAUGAUCAGCCGAGACCUGCAAGACCUUACCCAUUCGACGAUCCGCUAGCGGCUGCUCCUCGAAGGCCGGGACCAACCCCGGAUUUUGCUCCACCGGGGUUUGAAGAUGAAUACGACUUGCAAAGACCUGCGGGAAGAAUGCCACCAAAUUUCGGACAGCCUUUUGGCAACAUUGGAGAGCAGGACCUAUAUCCACCAGGUCUCGGUCCGCAUGAUCCUCUGAGAAUAGGUCCAGGAGGUGGUUAUAGGGGUGGUGGAGGCAUGCAUCCUACCUUCGAUGAUCCUCUGUUCCAAGGUCAAGGUGGUCCGGCAGGCUAUGACCCAAGAGCUCCUCCAGGGGCACGAUAUGAUCCUGUUGGGCCGGGUGAUGGACCGCCAAAUCUGAGAGGAGGUCCAGGUCGAUUUCCAGGUGGAGGUGGGUUUGGAGGAGGACGCCCGCCUAAUCCAUUCGGAGGCUUUGGUGGUGGUGACUUUAUCUAG